GCCCAAAUGGGACCGUCUUAGGGGCUGGCGCGGUCGCGCGACGGGCGGAUUAAAGGAAAUAUAUGUAAAUUGAGCUUUGAGAGCCUGAGUGGUGUCACAAGAGCGCGAGGAGAACGUUCUCUUCGCGCCCGCUGGCUAAGUUCUGGACCGCGCUCCUCCUCCCUUGACGCGGGGCAUGUUUGCGCUGCCUCGGCACAGCUGAGGAGCGAGGAGACCGGAGCUGUAGCCCAGGCCGCCUCCGUGCUUCGCCUUCGCGGUUAUGUCUCCUUUCAGCGAGGAGGUGGAAGUGGGGAACACCAUCCCCACUCCCUCCCCCCCAGAAGAAAGUGAGUCAGUGGGCGACGAGCCGAAGCAGGAGAACGGGGUAUGGUGCCCGCAGAAAGCCUCGCUCGCCUCCGGGGACGGAGAAGUUCUCCUGAUGACUGGGCUCGGGGCGACGCAGAGUCCUCCCGAGAAGGCGGCGCAGCAGGGUGAGCCGCUGCAAGUCCACCUGGAGACGGCCGAGCCGCCGGAGGGAGGCUGGGGGUGGAUUGUCAUGCUGGCCUCCAUGUGGUGCAACGGGACUGUCUUCGGGAUCCAGAACUCGUGCGGGCUCGUCUUCAAGUCCUUGGUGGAGGUAUUCGGAGACCCCGAGGACAAACAGCUGAUGUUCAGGACAGCACUUGUGAAUUCUCUGUCCAUGGGAAUGAUCUUCUUCUGUUCUCCCAUUGUCAGUGUAUUUACCAACACAUUUGGUUGUCGACAAGUAGCUGUAGUAGGAGCAGCUGUGGCUUUCAUUGGGCUCCUUUCAAGCUCCUUUGUACGCUCACUUGGAUCUCUCUACUUCACUUAUGGAAUCUUGUUUGGUUGUGGCUGUUCAUUUACCUAUCAGCCAUCCCUGGUCAUUUUGGGACAUUAUUUCAAGAAGCGCCUGGGACUGGUGAAUGGCAUUGUUACUGCUGGGAGUAGUUUGUUUACUAUAACGCUGCCUUUUCUUUUAAAUGUACUGAUCCAAUCUGUCGAGAUCUAUGGCACUUUCCAGGUCCUAUGCAUUUUGGUUUUUAUUCUCUUCCUGGCUGGCUUUACUUACACACCUGUCAUGUCUAGUGCCAAGCAAAGUGGAAAAGGGAACAAGUUCAAAUUAUCUCGUGAAAGACGUGUGCAAUUUUUCCGUUUUCAAAAUUCUGAGUUACAGAAUCUGGGCUCUGGGGAUUCCAGUUGCUUUAUUUGGAUACUUCAUACCUUAUGUUCACCUAAUUUCAACUUCUGCUGCAAUUUGACAGCGCAGCUAAAACAUGUGAAAGAACGUAUUGGUGAACAUGUUCCAGAUGUGACACUUCUGCUUUGCCUUGGCAUUACUUCAGGAAUUGGUCGGCUGGUCUUUGGCAAAAUUGCAGAUUAUAUUCCUGGUGCAAAAAAGGUUUAUCUACAGGUGAUAUCCUUUUUCUUAAUUGGCCUGAUGUCUAUGAUGAUCCCAUUAUGCAAUUCCUUUGGAGACCUUGUUGUUGUCUGCCUUAUCAUGGGCCUUUUUGAUGGAUGCUUUAUUAGCAUAAUGGCACCUAUUGCUUUUGAGUUAGUUGGCGCAGAACAUGUUUCUGAAGCAAUUGGAUUCCUCUUGGGCUUGAUGUCUAUACCAAUGACAGUUGGUCCACCUAUUGCAGGGAAGUUACGGGAUCACCUAGGCACUUACGAUGUGGCAUUCUACCUAGCAGGAGUCCCGCCUUUUAUUGGAGGAACUAUAUUAUGUGCUAUCCCAUGGGUGCAUGCAAAGGAGAAGCAGAAAGAGCAAGCUACACCUGCGUAUGGAGAAACCACAGAGAAAAUGCUGGAAAUCAAAAUCGCCCCUGUGCUGGACUCAUUUGAGAAACCUAGCAAAGAAUCACAAUCUAAUAUUUAAUAUUGCUUUUUUUUUUACCAGAUUGAAUUUAUUUUUAUAAGACUAGGUAGCUUUCUGUUUAUAAACUGAGUGCACCAUGAUCGUGCUUCAAAGGCAAAGCUAUGGUGAGCAGGGUAGAAAUCGUAGAGGUUAAAGCAAAUUUAUCAAGAAGGCUUUUGGGCUGUUUUUUGUUGUACUUAUAAAAUACAUUUCCACUUUUGUACGGCAAGUUAUUAUAACAGAAUAUAUGCUCAUGAAUGUGUAGGUAGGGAGAUACGUGAUUGCGCGUCUGGAAGUCAAGAUCUGUCCUCUCUUAUUGGCUAAUCCUCUCAGAAUCCCUUCACUUUUAUAAUCCGUCUAGUGGAGUGAUUCGACUGUAAUUUUUAGUAGCAUCUAAAGGUGUUAAAACUAUUACUGCUAAUCUUUAAAAAUUCUGGGGAUGUGGAUCCAGUUUUUUUAAAAUUCUGGAGGAUUGUGGUAAUUGUUUGCAAAAUGGCCCCUGCCUCUCUACAGCACGCUACCAAGUUGAAUCAUUUACAAUGCCUUGUUGUGUGGUUUGCUUCUUGGUGAAGCUUUGCCCUUGUUUGAUUAGGCCCGUGGCAUACUGCUUCUGAAGAGAAGAGGAGGUCCAGCUAAAUCCAAAUGCAUACCAAUACCUAACAAAACCUACAACUUCAGCAUUUAUUUUUACAAUAUUGGUAUGUGCAGGAUAAAACUGAGUAUUAUAAUGCAAUACUGACACUUGUUAGUUUUCUAUAAAUCUUCUGUUGCUUAAAUCUUUAAUAGUUCCAUUCUAUGUUGCUUCAUACAUCUCAGUAUAGAUAGUACUAUAGUAUUGUUAAGGCUAUCUCAUAUUGAAAAAAUCAAAUGGCUGAUUUAUUCAUGUGUAUAUGGUAAAGCAUGCAUUCAAACAUAUGAAUGUCAUGUCAUUUAGUGCCUAGGAAUUAUAGUUCUAAGCAAUUUUUUGUUGAUAGUUUGAAGUCAUUUUAAAAUCACAUAUGCUAGGUACAUUAAUGUGGGUUUUUCAGUUAUGUUUGUUUUUAUUAUGUGAUUCAGAGUUCAGUAACUUUACAAGUAAAUUGUUUUCUAUAUUGGUUUUAUUUUCAGAUCAAAGGACAUAUUUAAGAUAGCACUAAUUAUUCGGGUUUCAGGACUGCCAUGCAUUUCUCUGGUCCUUCGUGUGCACAGCACAGUUAUUGAAAACAGCAGUCCUGUGGGUAGAGGCCAGAUUCUGGGUCUAUCCUGCGCAGGUCCUGUGUCUGCGCCAAGAGCAGACACAACCAGGAAAGAUAUGAGAAUGACAUGGCAAUACCCACAGGGGGCGCCUCUCAGUGUUUUGAAAUUUAAGCUGCCUUUGGCUGAAUAUUAUAGACUUUUCCCACCGUUGAGCCUUUCCAGUCCACGCCGUAGUCUAUCCUUAUUUUUUCCCCAAUAGACACAUUUUGCAGCACCCGGUUCGUCUUGCUAGCUGUUUAGGCCUCCAGCUGAAGAAUCAAAAUCUACCAUAAAUUACAUACCAUGCAGAUACCUAUCACACUUUUUCUCACCGGGGUAAGCAACAUUAUGCAGUGUGCAGAAUAAGAAAUAGUGAGCCCCAAAAUUAAAGCCUUAAGAAAACAAAAUGUAACCAAAUUUGAUUUAGUUUCAUACCAAACCAUUUCAUCACUUCAAAUCGUUUCACUCUGUUUGAAGCUCUGUAUUUGGCCAUUUUCACCCACUUCUAAAAUAAUCUUUUUAGUUCCAUUAAAAUCACCUUGCUUUUCCUCUGCCUUAUUUAUUCUUGAAUGCUCCUUGCUCUCUCUGACUGCAUUUUUUGCAACUAUGUGUGUUCUUUUUUACUUUAUAAUUCUAUCAAGUAUUAUUUUUAUACUUCCUAUUAGCAUUAUGUCACAUACUUCCAUGGCGCUCACUGAUAAGUAAUUGAUUGAUAAGUAAUCAAUGUGCCAUCAAGUCAGUGUCAACUCUUAUCAGCCACAUAGCUACAUUUUCUCCAUGAUGAUCUGUCCCUAACCUGGUCCUUCAGCAUCAGUCUUUUCACUCUGUUCCAGUUUCCAGAUCCUUUCUCCUUACCUACCCUUUCCAUUCAUACUUUUUCAGAGGAUUCAGUCUCUUCCUGUGGUCAUUCUAGUUUCAGUCAUACUUUGUUUUAGGUUCUUCCCUGUUCCGUUUCUUCCCCCAAAAUCCAUUCUUCACACUAUCCAAGAAAUGGUGGUUGUUUCAUAUACAGAACCUCUCUUCAUCCCUGUAUUCUCCCCUAAUUCUCUUACUCUUUCAUCAUAAACAAUCAGAUCAGUAUUUUCUUUUAUAUUUUUUUAUAUGUGUACAUAUGAAUAAAUUUACAUUUAAACUACAUAUUUGAAACAGAUUUUUCUAAGCAGACGUGCACUGAACAGUCACCAUUCUCAUUUGUUCCUUGGUCUCUGAAUGGUUAUUGUGCUCUCUCACCUUGUUCACACUCAUCCAAUGAUGCUACGUAGCAAAAUAAUUUUUCUCCUGCAUCAUAUUCAUUCAGAACAUUGCACAUUUUUCCUAAAACUCAUCCCUGGCAUUAUCACUAUUCACUAGAGUUUAACAUACAGCUGUUGUCAGCCUAUAGAAUCUUACUAUCAUACUGUAAAUGUCUACUACAUCCUAGCUGACAACAAUUCAUGCUUUCUGACAUAGAUUUUAGCUUUCUCAUUCAUAAUUAAACCUUCCCUGCAUGUAUUCAUCAACUCCAGAAUAUUAGAUCAUCUUCAUUCAGAUAUGUUACAUCCUUCCCUUUCUCUUAGGACAUAGCUGCAUCCUUAAGCUGCUCUUGCCCUGUGCUCAUGGCAGCUUGAUUCUAGUCUGGUUUAAGAAAAUCCUGUCCAGAAUGAAACAGUCUGCUGGUGUUCAGUCCUAACAAGACUAUCACAUCCACCCACUGGACAAUUCUCUUGAUGAUGUCCUACUCCCACUUUUCUUGUUUUAGGAAAGCAGUUUCCAAUCCUGUUCCUUUUUGUGGGUGGGUCUUACUGGACAUAUAUAUAUAUAUAUAUAUAUAUAUAUAUAUAUAUAUAUAUAUAUAUAUAUAUAUAUAUAUAUGAGAGAGAGAGAGGGAGGGAGCGAGGAAAGGAAGGAAGGGAUAAGUAGAAUUUUUAAAUACAAAGUUAAAAGCAUCAAAGUGCCCAUACAGGCACAACAACCAGAUUCAAAAUAAAUUCCAUCUUACUACUCUGUUCACCUCUAAUAUCUUUUAGAGCUACUUUUAGCAAGAAUGCUGUAAUAGCAUCGUUUCAUCAUUUUCCCAGUCAUGAAGUAGAAAGUGUCCCUUUGGAUCUGAGGGUUUAAAUCCUUCUACCCCAAGCGACUGGAAAAAUGACAAAAUGUUGCAACUCUGCAACAUUUUAAAAAAAUAUCACAGGGAAAAAUAAAUAACUCAGGAAAAUAAAAAUAGUAAUUAAAAAAAGUUUCUACCAGGUUCCAAACCAGCAACCUUCUCUUUGUUAAUAGUGUUAUAACCAUUGUACUAUUACAGCAUUCCUGGUAAAGGUGUUCUGGAAGACACAGAUAGCAACCAUUGAUUCAGCUGAGAGGGCCAUUCUUGCCUUUGUGAAGUAGCCAGUGAACUGCUGGGGUUCGUAUUUGUAUUGAAGCAUAACAGCCAAAGCAGACAAGGCUGCCUGCUAACCGGGCAACUGGGCAGUGCAGAUAAGCCCUUAGUUUUCCAGACACAAAAUCUAUUUUUGUUUCUUUCAUUUAAUUGAUUAAUCCAUGCUCUUUAUCAUUUACUCCUCUUCCAUUCUAAGUCACAAUCUAACAUAUGUUGUCACUAGAUGAGCCCAUAUUUACUGACCUCUACCACCCUACACAGCUUUGGUAAAUCUAGACUUUCACAGAAUGCGAUUUAGUAAUAUAGGCAAUCAUACUCAUGCCAAAUGCAACAUUCUAGCUAAGAGCAAGGAGAAUUUUGGGAAUUUGCCACAAAUGCAACCAAAGCCAUUUUACACCAAGUGUAUAUACAUGCUAUUUGAUGCAAGCUAAGGUCUCUAAGGCCUAAGAGACUACUUUGCAAGCCAACGUACUGUUGCCUGUAUCCCACUAAAUGAAAGAUACACAGUGUUUUGGCAGACACUCAGCAAGCGCAUGCCACUCAGCAAAAUCCUAGCAAGACCAAGUUGCUGUGGGAUUUAGGAACCUCCAGAUCUGGCGACCUUCCAUUUGGAGGUCUUCUUGGACUCUUGGCUCCUGCUUGAGGAGCCAUCUUGUGCAUCAGUUGCAUUGAAAAACCUGGCUGCUCCCCUGGGUAUUGGGCCAAAGUAUUGGACACACUUUUUAAUGGUUGAGUUUUAAUGGUUGAGUUUACGAUUCUGGGUUGGCCUCCGUUGUCUUGUAUUUUCUGUUGUUUUACCUGGUUGGUUAUUUUUUGUUUUCUGUUUUAAUUCUAUGUAAGCCACCCAGAGUCACCAUCUGUGAGCUGAGCUGCCAUAUAAAUUAACUAAAUAAAUGUGAUCAUAUACCAUCCUUUUCUUUCUAGUUCUUUAGCUCCAGGAAUCUUGUGCGGCAUGGAAAUGUAGCAAAUGAAUUUAAAUGACUCCUUCAAAGGAGGUUCAAAGCCCUGGAUAGGUGAAGCUUAUCUCUGUAUUUACCAAUAAAAGACACCCACGGAA